AUUUGUAUGGACCCCAAAUGCCACCUCUUCUCACCCAUACCCAUCGUUUGUACCAGACCUGACACUAGACGUUUACUGAGUACCGCUUGUCAACCCUACCCAAACAGGCGCUGUUCAGCCCGGCACCUUCCUUGUCGACAUCGUGGCAAACAAACUCUUCUUGUUUCUUUGUCACGGACAUUCCACUUGGAUUCACCAACACCUCAUUUUGGCUUUGAGACUAACGUGACGUUCAGUAUGGGUGAAGGUGGUGGAGUCUUUGUCCUUGACCGGCUCCUUGUUCGCAUCACUCCGUUUACUUAACCUGACCAGCCAAAGUCUUCACUUGGUCCUCACUAGGUCUAUGCGGUUGCCCCAAAUAUUAGUAGCAACUUCUCUUUCCUCCCCUACGUGGCUUUACACUCGACUUCUCCCACGAUGCCUCACGCCAUGGAUGAAAGCAAGGACGCCUCUCAACCCAUCAACAUGGCGUCUUGUCUAAACGAUUCCGACACCCACCUUGAUCUCGACCGUUCUGACCAACGCAACCUGAUCCGCCUUAUCGCUUUGAUGCAGGCUGGCUGGACACUCUCUCGAGGUCAUGGUCCACGUCACCAUCCUCGCUGCCUCUGGUGUCACGGUGAUCUGAGCGAUCGUACCGAGAUCCUCAUCCACGACAAAUGUAAUAACGCAUGGGCGGCCGGUUGCUUCAUGGACUCCAUCCACUACGAAUAUGACAAGACACAUCAUCAACGUCUGUCCUGUCCAUUGUGCCGUGCCGCAUUCCAUGCACGCCCAGGCUGGACCAGACCACGCUGGCCAGAGCAGGAACGCUAUCCGGAGCCGCCACACCCUCCGUCGCAACAUGACUUUCAACUGCCCAAAAAUAUCAACAUCUCCGCGCACAUACGAAUUGUCUUGUACAAUCCAGCUUCUGUCACCAAGGCACGGCAAUAUUCCAAGACGUUGAUGUUCAUCACGCGCGAGGAGAUGGCAAAACUGGCACUAUUUGGGCGAAACAAGAUCAUCUUUGAUGCUAUCGACAAUGUGAAAACAGAGUGGGAGACGGUCUUUACGCGUUGGGUGCUCAUAAAUUGGAAAGACAACAACGAAUAUCGAGCGAGCCCGUUGAUGGCGCACCAGGAGACCGAAUUGCUGGAAAUGCUCGCUGCAAAGGGCUUGGGCUCUCCCGUCACGGGUGAAGCCGCGCAGCAGCUGGAAGAACGGAUUUGCACCCAGGGCCGCCUGCCUGGACCUGGCACGGGCUAUCCCAUCCUCCAAGAUAUAUCCGCGAAGAUACUAGAAGGAGGGGCUGUCGGCAGGGGCGGAUUGGCUACGGCGGUCGCUGCGUUCAAACCAGACAACGAGGAUGACGAUAUCAAAGAGAUGAUGUCCGGGGGUAAAGAGGAGGCGCUUAAGAUUUUGCGAGCGGAGCGAGAAAAGGAAAAAGGGUCGGUACAACACAUGGACCGCAUCACUGCUGGAGUCCCUGGACUCUUUCGUGCGUUUUGCAUGGUUAUGGACGACAAGAGCGAUGGUUCUCAUGGGAGUGAUGAGGAGCCGGAUGAAGAUGAAGAUUAUCCUGAAGAUGAAGACUAUGUUGAGGAGGAUGGGGAAGAUCUAGAUUCUGAGCCGGGAAUCCCUGGGACCGUGACGGUCGCUCCACCCAACCUUCCCGCCAUAUCCAAUCCUGAAGACAGCGACCCCGAACCGUCUGUAUAGAUGGCCCAUUCCAGCGACAAAAGCUUUGGUUGGAGUAUUGGCGUCUUUGAGGAGAGGUGGGAGCAGCACAGUACUUGAAGCUUUCGAUCAGCU